AUGAUGCGGGCACGUCACGAAAGGUCCUCCUCGGCAAGGUCCAAGGGCUGGCGGGCCAGGUUGCGGAAGCUCGAACGUUACGACGAGGCCAGCAUCAUCAAGUAUGCCAUGAGGGAUUUCAUGGGCGGCCAGACCCCUCCCGAAAUAGAGCUACUAGAGGCGGGAAGGCUCAAGAUGAAUUUUGUGCGGGCGGUGAUAGCGGUGGUUGAGAUUCAGGAGGAAGGGUUGUUCCGCCACAUCAUGUCGUACCUAUAAGUUGGGGGCGGUAUUCACUACUGUAGGUAUUGUGUACUUCGAAGUAUAUACUAUCGCCUAGGAGCACGGAGGAGAGUACCAUGAAAUUCUAGGAGGCCGGCGGGCGGCUAGACAUCGUGGAGCGAGCAUAGCCAUCGGCAUAUCCUUGCAAGGUCCGAGUAGAGCUUCUCCAGCGUGAUUGUGAUUGUGAUGGCAACUAGACAAGACAUUUCACUGCCG